UACGGGCAGGCGGGUUGGGGCGGGCACGCGGGCUGGAGUAUCCGCCGGGUGCAGGGGAGGCCCGCAGGGAGCGUGCUGGGAGCUGGAGCUGGAGCUGGAGCCGGAGGAAGCAGAGCCCCAGCCUCACAGGGACUUUGUCCUGAUCCAAGAAGUGGAGCAAGCCAGUCGGAAGAUUUAAUGGAUUCGUCCUGGCAGGAACUGUUGGAUCUUGAAGAAGAGGGAUCGGGCCAGAAAGGGAGCAUGGGGGCAGAGGAGGAGCCACAGAACGCCAGGAGGGACGGGACCGAAGAGGCGUGGGUCGGACCUGGAGCCUGUGCCCCACCACGAAGACAGCCAGCACCAUGUGGUCACUAACUGCUCCUCAGUCACCCAUUGAUGCCUCCCAGGAAGAAGCGCCGCCAGUGUUCCCAGAAAGCCCAGCUGCUGUUCCACCAGCCACCACUGGAGGGGCCCAAACACCACUGUGCCUCGCCGCGGCGCCCUGUCACUCACACCCGGCCUUCCAGAAUGCUGGCUCUCCUGCCCCUCGAGUCACGGCCUCCAGAGAGUAAGGGCCCAGGAGGAAGCGCACCCUUUCAGGUAUUGCCGCAGUUUGACACAACAGCUGAAAGCUGGGUCCCAGCCCACCGGAAACAGCACCGCGACCAGGCCAGACGAUCGUGCCGGAAAUCUAGCUCCUCCAGGUUUCCACACCUAGCCUUCGAGAGUCCACAGUCUGCUUGCAGUUCAGAGACACCGAGGGUUCCCUUAAUCAGGGGACACCCCAAUCCGUCGGUCAAGGACGCUUCCAGAAGGCCGCUGGUUCCCAUGCUCAGUCCGCAGAGUUGUGGGGAACUGUCGGAGCAGCCACUUCCGAGCUUCCCCUGCCUGCUCAUUCCCCCGGACAUCCAGACCCCAGGGUCGUCGCCAGCCACGAAGUCCACCCCAGACCAGAGAGAGAACAGGCUUCCGAGCUGCUCCCUUCACAUCCGUGCCCCCAGCAGCCCAGAGCCUGGACCAGUGCUGGUGAAGGACACCCCGGAGGAGAAGUACGGGCUGAAGGUCACUUGGAGGAGACGACAGCACCUGCUCACCUACCUCAGGGAGAGGGGGAGGCUGAGCAGAAGCCAGUUCAUUGUAAAAGAUUGACUAAAGACUGCGUUUCGCAGACAUCAGCCUCCCGCCCCAGCGUCUCGGAAACUGACCGCUGGUUUUCAUGAACGGCCAAAGUCACUCUUCUGGCUCACCAGAGUGUGUCAGAAUCAGGUGGAAAUGACACCAGUGAAAAAGAACUGGAGCCCUGGCGUCAUGGGGAAUUCAAUGCCUAGGUUUGCUUUUCAGAUACCGGAUGUCAUAAACAAUUGAGUUUGGUGUCAUGAACUGUUCGUAGUUAUCUUAUAUUAACUCUUGACAUUUUAAAGUAUCUCGUAGUGACUGUUUAAAUAAAUGCAAGUAAACAGUUGCAGAAAGUUUUUAGAGAACCCCAUGGCUGUCAGCGUGUCUGUCAGCUAGGCAGCCAUAUGACCCUGUCCACUCAGGGCCCUCAUUUCCAUUAACCACUACUCAUUAAUCCUUUAAUCACCACACUCGAGCUAACGCAUCCCACAUUUUUGAGUACCAACUUUGUCGGGCUCCGUGGUGGCUUCCUCUGUGACCCAGUGGAUGGAAAACGUCAAAGCAAACUGGGAUGGUAAUUCACUGCUACCUCUGCAACCUUGAUUCCUCUGCUGAAAGAGGGGGAGGCGAUGAAGGGCAGCCAGGCUUCAGUGACUGCAGAGGCCCUGGGGAAUUAAAGGAGGACAUAGAGGAAUCACUUCGGUUUGCUUGUUUUGGGUUUUGUGUCCAUGGAAGAAAUCUGUAAAUAUUCAGUGGGGUGGGAAAGUGGUUUCUUAGAGUAAGUGUUUAAACUGCGUGUAAAUAAAUGUGGCAAGUUGGAAGAACA